AGAUUGUUCAGUCGAUAGCAUGACGGCGUUCGGGAACCCUGCGAGGAACGAGGAGGAAAAAGGCCAUGAAUUGGCGGCUUCGAAGAAAGGAGGCGGAGGAGGCGGAGGGGGUGGUAAGAAUGUUGCAUUCAAUACACCUAAUUCGGCUGAAAAAGAAAUCCAGGUUCCCCAAUUGAAGACGUUAGCAAAUAGAAGGAGAAAGACUAGCAGGAGGUUAUUUGUCUUCAUGUCCGUAACAUUCGUGCUAUUUUCCCUUGCUCUACUCGGCGCCGUCAUCGCCCUAGCCGUAAUCUAUGCCCGCCGGCCAACACAGUUGGGUAGACCUAUUGUUGUUCAGCUACUAGACAACAGAGAUCAACCAGUUACGCAAACCUCGCAAAUAAACUUUGAGGAAAAAUGUAUAACAAUGCAUAGUAAUAAAACCAAAAAUAUGGACGAAACACAGAUAUUAAUGGAUUAUAAAGCGCAAUUUGCCGCCUACCUGGAUGUAACAAAAGAUGAAUGCUACCUGCAAAGACUGCGCGACACGUUCGACGAGGACGCAGAAAGCCUCGAAUCUCACCAGAAUAGGACAGUCAAAAUGACAGCUAAGAAGUAUGUAGCAGAUGAGUCUAAGCUCGAAAAAAGUCUCGUCGAUUUUGUGACUGAUCAUCAAUUGACCAAGCAUUGUCGAGGUCGCGAUAUGUAUUUCAUCUAUCCAUAUAAUUCUAGCAUGACUGUAGUGAAUGGAACUUCGUCAACGAUCCGCAAAGAAUGCAGCGCUAUACCAUGUUCUUCAGGCUUUACUAUAUAUAUCUGUGAUCCGUCUGCAUUUCAAUAGUAUUAGUUUACAUUGUCGUACUUUUCUCGUUUUUCUUCUUCUAAACGUUUUCAAAUUUUAUGUUCCAAGUACGUUCUUUUACCAAUAAACGUCUUUCAGAUAAUAGGCGUCUUAAUCAGGAGUUUAUCUUAUUUCCGGUACGUUGAGCUAAUGACUAAAUUAAAACAUCAGUUAAGUCUCUUAUAUCUCUGUAUUCAGCUUUUCUUGUUUAUUUCCAACAAUUCGAAUUUUUAUAAAUAUUUUAUGUAUAUAUAUAUAUAUGUAUAUAUAUAUAUAUAUACGUCUA